AUGGCCGUGGUGAUGAUCGGCAUGGCUGAAGUGUCCGUGGUGGAUUUUGACACUCUUCCGAGAUUUGAGAAGGGACAGGAGACUGGCCGGUUCCACUUUGGCGGCUCGAUGCAUUGCUUGAUCUUCGGGCCUAAUGUCGACGUACGGUUUGAGCCUAAUGCUCAGCCUAGGAACGAGGAUCCUGUCCCAGUGCUAGGCAAGCUCGCGACUGCUGUUGUCUGA